CUGGCUAGCUCCAUCACCUUAACGCACCAACCAUGGCCAUGCAGCAACUCGUGUGCUGGCUCUGCGCCUUCCUGGCCCUCGUCCUCCUCAAGCUUCUUAAGAAGCGUGGCGCCACGACGGCGGCGCCGGCGCUGAAGCUGCCGCCAAGCCCGUCGUCGCUGCCGUUCAUCCACAACCUGCACCACCUCCUCCGCAGCCCGAUCGCGCACCGCGCCGUGGCCAACAUCGCGCGCGAGCUGGACGCGCCGCUCAUGUACCUCCAGCUCGGGGAGCUCCCGACCGUGUUCGUAUCGUCCGCGGACGCCGCCCGCGAGAUCAUGAAGGUGCACGACAUGAAGUUCGCCUGGCGGCCGUAUCCACCCACCAUACACAAGCUGCGCCCCAUGGGGAAGGGGAUCUUCUUCGCGCCGUACGGCGCCCUGUGGCGGCAGCUCCGCAAGAUCUCCAUCGUGAAGCUGCUCAGCGUCCGGCGCGUCCACUCGUUCCACCGCGUGCGGGAGGAGGAGGCCGGCCGCCUCGUCGCCGCCAUCGCCGCCACGCCGCCGGGAGAAACCGUGAACCUCUGCGAGCAGAUCUUUUGGGUCAUCGCGGACUCGACGAUGCGCACCAUGAUCGGCGAGAGGUUCGAGAGGAGGGACGAGUUCCUGGUGGUGUUGGCGGACAUCGUCAAGAUCGCAUCGGGUUUCACCAUGGCCGAGUGGUUCCCGUCAUCGUGGCUCGUGCGCGCCUUCGGUGGCACGAGGCGGCGCGGCCACGCGGGCUACCUUACGACCUACGAGCUGGUGGAGAGCGCCUACCGGCAGCGACAGAAGCGAAAGGAGGCCAUGGCUGCACCGUCGACCAGGAACGCCGUGACGGGAGAGGAGGACCUGAUGGACGAGCUCAUGAGGAUACACGAGGAAGGUGACCUCGAGGUGCCUCUCACCAUUGGCAACAUCAAGGCUGUCACGAUAGAUCUCUUUGGCGCCGGGACCGAGACGUCAGCAGAUGCACUCCAGUGGGCGAUGUCAGAGCUGAUGAGGAACCCGAGAGUGAUGCAGAAAGCACAGGCCGAGCUGCGCGACAAACUCGGCGGGAAGCCUACCGUGACCGAGGCCGGCCUGGCCGACAUGACCUACCUGAAGCUCGUCGUCAAGGAGACCCUGAGGCUGCACCCGGCGCUGCCAUUGCUCGUUCCAAGGGAGUGCAACGAGACGUGCAAGAUCAUGGGGUACGACGUGCCCAAAGGCUUCGUCGUGUUCGUGAAUGCAUGGGCGAUCGGCAGGGACCCCAAGUUCUGGGACGACCCGGAGGAGUUCAAGCCGGAGCGGUUCGAGAACUCCACUGUCGACCUCAAGGGGACGGACUUCGAGUUCAUACCGUUCGGUGCUGGCCGCAGGCUCUGCCCUGGCUUGGCGUUCGGACUGGCCAGCAUUGAGAUCGUGCUCGCCGUGCUGCUCUACCACUUCGACUGGGAGCUCCCGGACGGGAUGGCCCCGAGCGAGCUAGACAUGACUGAGGAGAUGGGCAUCACCAUCCGAAGGAAGAAUGAUCUUUACCUGCGUCCAACUGUUCGUAUAAAGGUGUAGGUUCUCUUUCGAAAAGGAGGGUUUACCCCUAGCCUCUGCAUAAUAAACAUGUGAUGCAUAGUUGCUUUGCAUCGUCAACGGUGACGAGUUUGUCCAAUGUACUGCCCGUUUAUCGUUACUUGAAUAAAAUAAGCAUGAGGCAUAUUUCAUGAAA